UGCAAAGGUUUUAAAGCAAACUUGGGGAAUUACGUUGCUGCCAGAUUUAUUUCACGAAAUCUAUCUUCAAUAGAUAGGUCAAUUAGUUAUUUUAUAUAGAAUGAUUGAUAGUUUGUAUCCCACCAAGUUACUUGGAAAUUAGAAGGAAAAAAUGUGGUUGAAAUAUUAAAUUCUUGUUAACAUCCUUUUCUUAGAACUAACUAGAACAGUGUAGCAGAACUCUGAGAACUGCCUACCUUUUCUUCUCUAAUGUAAUAGGCUACUGGAGAAGGGAUCCUUUCCGUGGGUGCAACAAACUUAAAUAUUGUAAUGAUUGGCCAUCUCCAAUCAACUUACUGAUGGCCACAAUUUUUUAGAUUAAAUUGGAAUCAUUUUUGUAGUACUGAAUUCAUAUUAUAUGAUUGGGACGAGAUAUGUUGAUAAAGCAUGCACAUUUUUAACAGUUGGUCCGUUUUAAACCUCCAUGGUUGUUCAGUUUGGCUCUCCCUUUAUAAUUGUAAUCGUAAAACCCAAGGUGAACAAAACUUCAGGUACAUACUUUUUUCCAUUAUCUUCUGAAGCAUCAAAACUGAAUUCGUUUGACAUCAAGCUGGCACCGAUCCACAUUAUUCUCAUAAGUGUGUUUCAGUUGUAUUGUACAAUCUGUUCUUUUAGAUGAUAUAUAUAUAGCAUAAGCGAAAAUGAUGAGUCUCCGGAUAUAAGAAUGCUGAAAUGUAUGUAGAAGCUAAAAUGGUCAUGGGUUGCUAGCAAACUAAAGAGCCAUAUUAGUUCCACUAUUAAAAGAUAAAUUGAUGGGAAAAUGUUUUGAGAUGGUAAAGGCAUGUAGAACAAAGAUUGGAGAGGCAUAGGUGAAGGGGAUGCUUGACUCUCUAUGAUGCUUAGGGAGUAAGAAGGUGAGACCUGGAAAAGGGCAGAUGGAAGUCCUAAGAACAAUAUCCAAAAGCUUGGUUUGUAAGGUCCAGUGCAGACAUAAGUUAGAAGAAGAAGAAGAAGAAAUAGAUAAGCCAAAUCAAAUCCAAACUUAUGGAGAUUUGGGUGAAAAGGCCUUUGGGUCGGUAGGCCGCUAUCUAACUGAACUUCUUAUCUUAGUUGCCCAAACUGGAGGUUCUGUAGCUUACCUUGUCUUCAUUGGACAGAACCUCUCCUCUGUCUUCUCUUCGACUAAAACCAAAGACCAACCAAUCUCACCUUCUGUUUUUAUUUUUCUUGUCCUCCUUCCAGUUGAAAUUGUCCUUUCAUUCAUCCGAUCUCUUGCCUCGCUUGCCCCCUUCAGUGCCUUUGCUGAUGCCUGCAAUGUUCUUUCCAUGGCUAUAGUCAUGAAGGAGGAUUUCCAACUAUUCAAUAGGCCCCUUAAGACAAGGAAUGCUUUUAACGGGGCUUUGGGUUUACCAUUCGCAGCUGGGGUGGCUGUCUUCUGUUUUGAGGGCUUCAGCAUGACUCUGGCCUUGGAGAGAACGAUGACUGAAAGAAAGAAGUUUCACUGGGUGCUCUGUCAGGCAUUUCUUGGGAUUUCUCUUGCUUAUAUUUGUUUUGGGAUAUUUGGCUACUUCGCCUAUGGUGAUGAGACUAAAGAUAUCAUAACGCUCAAUCUUCCCAACAACUGGUCUGCUAUUGCAGUGAAGGUUGGGCUCUGCAUUGCUCUAGCAUUCACAUUUCCGAUCAUGAUGCACCCAAUUCAAGAGAUUCUCGAGGCAAAGCUGAAGUCAAGCAGAUGGUUUCACAAGGCAUGCAACAGAGUCCAAGCUGCUGAGUGGAUAGGCUUGCAUGGGAUCCGCAUACUUGCCUUGGUGGCGCUGGCUGUGUUGGCUUCAUUUAUCCCGGGCUUUGGGGCAUUCAUCUCUUUCGUUGGAAGCACUCUGUGUGCCCUGCUCUCUUUUGUCUUGCCAGCCUCAUUUCAUCUCACCUUCCUGGGUUCAUCAAUGGCAUUAUGGCAGAGAAUGUUGGAUUACUGUAUACUUCUUGUUGGUCUGGUGUUUGCUUUAUAUGGAACAUAUGACGCCAUCUCGGGCCAUUCCAUCAGUUCUUGAUAUGACUUUGUUGGUCAGAGGAGAUCUCAGCCUCAGUUUAUGCGCUCUUGGCUUGAUUCCAUAGGAUGAAGUCACAGGUGGCAGGAUAAACAGCUCUUAGCUGGUUGCUGAGGGAUUAGCCUUCAUGUCCUUGGUAAUGUAAGCCUAUGCAGUCAUUAUAGCUUAGCGGGACGGCUGCAUGACGCUUGUGUAAUCUUUUUGGAGAAGCAUAUAACUAGCGUCCAGUUUGCAGCAUUUCCCAGGAGAAGAUCUCUUGAAUCAAUCGUCACACCGCACAAUUUUUAAUUAACAUUGUACGCUGGGGUCCCUCACAAGUUGCAGAGUCAAUAAAACGGACAUGAUAUACUUUGUUUUUA